UCACGCCUGGGUCCCUGGAAAGAGGCAUCUGGGGUGCCGGCUUCACCGGGCGUAUGGAUGGGGUCUCGGGCUCCUGAGAUCAUAGGAGUACUCGGAGCCUUUAGUCCUGGGGAGCCACUGGAGCUGGAAUUCUUGAAUACUUUAAUUGGGGGGCUCUUGGAAGUGUGUCGGGGGAUGUUGGGGGUCUCGGGUCUCUGACUUUUGGGUAGAUGUGGGAGGUUAGGACGUUCUAGGAGGGUUGGGCGCCCGGGCGCCCUCCAGCUGCCUUCAGCACCGAGCCACUAGAUCUUUGCGUCAAAUAGUGGCACUGGUGGUGGAUUCUGGUUUUUGAAAAGGGUGGGACGAGCACGGAGCGGGGGGAACGUGGGUCCCUCUGAGGCUAUGUCCCGGCGCUACACCCCACUUUCUGGUUUUGGGGUGGGGGCAGGGGAUGAGAAACCGGGGCAGCUCUUCUGUGCCGCUGAGCGAAUCCCCAACAUGUCAUUAACCGGGGCGUCAGACCUGCCUAACCAGAGAGGCACAUCCGACCCAAGGCGCCCCCUAGCGGAGACGGGGUCGGACCUCUUGUUGCCCCACUGGGGUGGGAAAUAACUGGGGUUUGCUGAGGUCAUUGUAGAGCCCAGGCUAGAAUAACAGGACCGCGGGGCUGGAUUCGGGAGGCUUGUGUGACCGCGUACUGCUGCAUUUACACAGAACUAAAGGGGUAAACCGAGGCUGGUGGGCCAUACAGGCAGCUGAGUUUGCGAUCUCCUUCCCUCCUUGACAGCUGUCUGUGGAAAGAAUUCCUUCACUCCCACCAGAUCCUUCUAAUUGGCCUUCUUCCUCCCGGGGUGGGGUUCCUCCCUCUGACCCAGAGGUGAGAAAUGUCACCUCCACUUCCAUCUGUCUGACCUGAGGCAGGCACCCUGCUCCGGCCGGCACCAUGGACAGCGAAGCAUUCCAGAAUGCGAGGGAUCUUCUGGAUCUGAACUUCCAGUCGCUGGCCAUGAAGCACAUGGAUCUGAAGCAGAUGGAGCUGGACACCGCGGCCGCCAAAGUGGACGAACUGACCAAGCAGUUAGAGUCCCUGUGGUCAGACUCGCCAGCGCCUCCUGGCCCACAGGCUGGAGUUCCCCCUAGGAUGUCCCGGUACAGCACCAGCCCCAUCCCGGAGCAUUUUGGUAGCAGAGGGUCCCCCCAGAAGACAUCCACCGAUGGCACAGAGGCCCGUUUUGGACGCUCGGAGAGUGCCCCGUCCCUGCACCCCUACAGCCCUCUGUCCCCCAAGGGCCGGCCGUCCUCCCCACGCACCCCCAUCUACCUGCAGCCCGAUGCCUACAGCAGCCUGGAGCGCGCGCCAUCGCCCAGACCCCGCGCCUUUGACGGGGCGGGCAGUCCCCAUGGCCGGGCGCCGUCCCCGCGGCCGGUGACUGGCUCACUGCGCCAGCCGGGCCCUCCGACGCCCUUCGACUACCUGGGCCGCUCAGGGUCCCCCCGGGGCAGCCCUCUAGCCGAGGGGCCCCAAGCCUUCUUCCCAGAACGGGGACCUUCCCCACGGCCACCCGCUGCAGGCUACGACGCACCGGCUGCGUUCGGGAGCCCCCUGCUGGGCGCGGGUGGCAGCGCCUUCGCCCCGCCGCUCCGCGCACAAGACGACCUGACGCUGCGCCGGAGGCCCCCGAAAGCCUGGAACGAGUCUGACUUAGACGUAGCUUAUGAGAAAAAGCCUUCACAGACAGCGAGCUAUGAACGGCUGGAUGUCUUCACACGGCCUGCCUCGCCGGGCCUGCAGCUCUUACCCUGGAGAGAGAGCAGCCUGGAUGGGCUGGGGGGCAGUGGCAAGGACAACAUCACCAGCGCCACAUUGCCACGCAAUUACAAGGUGUCCCCUCUGGCCACCGACAGGCGUUCUGACAUCGGCAGUUACCGCCGCUCUAUGGGCUCGGCAGGGCCCUCAGGCACUUUGCCCCGCAGCUGGCAGCCCGUCAGCCGCAUCCCCAUGCCCCCGUCCAGCCCCCAGCCCCGCAACACACUGCGCCAGCGCCCCAUACCCCUCAGCAUGAUCUUUAAGCUCCAGAAUGCUUUCUGGGAACAUGGAGCCAGCAGGGCUGUGCUCCCGGGAUCCCCCAUCUUCUCCCGAGCACCCCCACCUAAGCUGCCUCCCCAGCCACCCCCUCAGCCACCCCCCCAGCCCCAACCUCAGGUGCCCCCCCAGUCCCAGGCCCAGCCUCAGACUCCGGCACCUCAACAGACUUGGCCUCCCGUGAAUGAAGGCCUCCUCAAACCCCCUGCCGAGCUGGAGCCAGAGCCAGAGCUAGAGGGGCUACUGGCUCCCGUGCUGGAGGCCGGGGACACAGAUGAAGGCACCGUCACUCGGCCUCUCAGCCCUACCAGGCUACAGCCAGCGUUGCCGCCCGAGGCACAGACGGUGCCUGAGCUGGAGGAGGUGGCCCGAGUGCUGGCAGAGAUUCCUCGGCCCCUCAAACGCAGAGGCUCCAUGGAGCAGAGCCCUGCUGUGGCCCUGCCCCCCACCCACAAGAAACAAUACCAACUGAUCAUCAACAGACUGUUCCAUCGGCAUGGUGGCCCAGGGCCUGGCGGGCCUGAGCCAGAGCUGUCCACAAUCACAGAGGGAUCUGAGGCCAGGGCAGGGCCCCCUGCUCCCGCCCCACCAGCUCCCAUCCCACCCCCAGCCCCACCCCAGACCAGUCUUCCAGAGCAGCCUCAGAGCAUGGAGAUGCGCUCAGUACUCCGCAAAGUGGGCUCCCCGCGCAAGGCCCGGCGUGCGCGCCUCAACCCACUGGUGCUGCUGUUGGACGCGGCGCUGACUGGGGAGCUGGACGUGGUGCAGCAGGCGGUGAAGGAGAUGAAUGACCCAAGCCAGCCCAACGAGGAGGGCAUCACCGCUCUGCACAAUGCCAUCUGCGGCGCCAACUACCCCAUCGUGGACUUCCUCAUCGCUGCGGGCGCCAACGUCAACUCCCCUGAUAGCCAUGGCUGGACACCCCUGCAUUGCGCGGCAUCGUGUAACGACACGGCCAUCUGUACCGCACUGGUGCAGCACGGCGCGGCCAUCUUUGCCACCACGCUCAGUGACGGCGCCACUGCCAUCGAAAAGUGCGACCCUUACCGAGAGGGCUACGCGGACUGCGCCACCUACCUGGCAGACGUGGAGCAAAGCAUGGGGCUGAUGCACAGUGGCGUCGUGUAUGCGCUCUGGGACUACAGCGCCGAGUUUGGGGACGAGCUGUCCUUCCGGGAGGGCGAGUCGGUCACGGUGCUUCGGAGGGACGGGCCAGAGGAGACCGACUGGUGGUGGGCGGCGCUGCAUGGCCAGGAGGGCUAUGUGCCACGCAACUACUUUGGGCUCUUCCCUAGGGUGAAGUCUCAGAGGAGCAAAAUCUAGCAGGAAUGAAGGACGGUUGUCGAGGAGAAAAGUGCAAGCCAGCCUGCCUUCCACCUGGACCGUCCCGAUCGGUCAGCUGCUGCGUUUACCUGCGCCCGAAUCUCCAGGGGGUGCAGCCCGCACCGGAAGUUCUCGGUUCCCCCAGAGGCUCGAGGGAGGGCUAGCCCCAGACUUACGAUUAGGAAGCCGUCUUAGGCAUUGGGGUGAGGUGGGGCUGAGGACCUUUGUGGGCAGGAGACCCCAUACACACACUUGCCAAAUCAGAUCUGGUUCAAAGAGCCUCCUGCCGCCAGCAGGCAAGCCGCGUAUUGUUACAGCUGAGCCCGGGAGGGUGACGCACCCCGUCAUUCCUCUCGGAGUCCUUUCCUCCCGGAUUCCUCCCAGCGGCCCCCAUUCCUCCCAGCAGCCUUGGGGCCCGGGUGAGGUGCGUGGCUCCUCAGUAGGAUGUCUGCCCCCCCUCCCCAACCAAGUGCCUUCACACCCGUGUGGCUUAAGGUUAAUAACGACACGGGGAACUGUUUCCUUUAUGAAUAAAGGUAGUUUGCACAGAAA